AUGUACUUUGUCAUCUUGUUGACAUUAUAUAUUCUCAUCCUCUGCACUAACGGCACCAUUAUAUGUCUAAUCUGGAUCCACAGGAACCUUCAUGAGCCUAUGUACAUUUUCAUUGCUGCUUUGUCACUCAACUCUCUUUUGUUUAGCACUGUUAUCUACCCUAAACUUUUCAUUGAUGUUUUGUCUCAAAAACAGAUAAUUUCUCAUUCUACUUUAUCCAACUAUCAUGGGAAAAAGAACUGUUAUUGUGCUCUUGACUGUGGCCUGGUCUUUACCUGCAUUUUCUUUGAUGUAAUCAUAACGAGUUUGGACUCACAUCAUCCAAAACAUUUACGUUUUAUAAUAACUUUACAAAUACUUGUGUAUAAUCCUCUGUUUAAUCCAAUUAUUUAUGGAGUGAAAAUGAAAGAAAUCUGGAAAUACAUCCAGAGAUUGUUUUAUCAACUGGUGAACAAAAGAAUAUGA